AAAUGUUGGGGUUGCAAAUGAAAUAAGCCAAGUGAAAAAUCCACGCUAGGGUCCGUCUUCUUUUUUGUUCUUGACCCGAUCGCUUCUGAUUCCGGUAGCUCUCUCCUAUUUCUCUCUCCCUCCCUCUCUCUCGUUCUCUAUAACAUUUCCGUAUCUAGGGUUGAAGUUUCUCUCUGUUAAGAAGAACAAUGAGAGGAUUGCUAAACAAACUAGUUUCUCGCUCCCUCUCUGUCGCCGGAAAAUGGCAGCAGCAGCAACUCCGCCGUCUUAACAUUCACGAAUAUCAGGGAGCUGACUUGAUGAGCAAAUAUGGGAUCAAUGUUCCAAAAGGAGUAGCUGUUUCAUCUGUCGACGAGGUUAAAAAAGCAAUUCAAGAUGUAUUUCCAAAUGAAAGUGAGUUGGUGGUUAAGAGCCAAAUUUUGGCCGGUGGACGAGGCUUAGGAAAAUUUAAGAAUGGCUUUGAGGGUGGAGUUCAUAUUGUUAAGGCUGACAAGGUUGAAGAGAUAGCUGGAAAGAUGCUUGGUCAAAUACUUGUUACCAAGCAAACUGGUCCUCAAGGAAAAGUUGUCAGCAAGGUUUACCUGUGUGAAAAGUUAUCGCUCGUGAAUGAGAUGUACUUUGCUAUCAUGCUGGAUCGUCAAACUGCUGGACCACUUAUCAUUGCCUGUAAAAAGGGUGGAACAAGCAUUGAAGACCUUGCAGAGAAAUUCCCUGAUUUAAUUAUCAAGGUGCCAAUUGAUGUAUUUAAAGGAAUCACUGAUGAAGAUGCUGCAAAAGUUGUGGACGGUUUAGCCCCAAAGGUGGCUGAUAGAAAGGAUUCAAUUGAGCAAGUUAAGAAAUUAUACAAGCUUUUUCACGAGCGCGAUUGUACAUUGCUGGAGAUAAAUCCCAUUGCAGAAACUUCUGAGAAACAGUUGGUAGCUGCUGAUGCUAAGUUGAACUUUGAUGAUAAUGCUGCUUUCCGUCAGAAGGAGAUUUUUAGUCUCCGGGAUCCAACACAAGAAGAUCCUCGAGAGGUGGCUGCUGCCAAGGCAGAUUUGAAUUAUAUUGGUUUAGAUGGAGAAAUUGGUUGCAUGGUGAAUGGUGCUGGAUUAGCAAUGGCUACAAUGGAUAUAAUUAAAUUGCAUGGGGGAACUCCUGCCAAUUUUCUUGAUGUCGGUGGAAAUGCUUCUGAAAACCAGGUGGUUGAGGCAUUUAAAAUAUUAACUUCGGAUGAUAAGGUUAAAGCAAUAUUAGUGAACAUAUUUGGAGGAAUUAUGAAAUGUGAUGUGAUAGCAAGCGGAAUUGUUAAUGCAGCCAAACAGGUUGCACUAAAAGUACCAGUGGUGGUUCGUUUGGAAGGUACUAAUGUUGACCAAGGAAAGAGAAUACUUAAGGAAAGUGGAAUGACACUAAUUACAGCAGAAGACUUGGAUGAUGCUGCAGAGAAAGCAGUAAAAGCAUUAUCUAGUUAAGAAAUCAAGAAAUGAAGCCAUUCUGGUCGUUGCUGUUUUCAGAACUCUCCAAAUGAAUUUUGGUGAAUCAAAUGUGUUGAAUCUUGAACAAUAACAUAACAGGGAUGAGGGUUAUUACCUGUUCGAAUUUUUUUAUCUCCUUUUACAAUAUUGAGCUUUUGUGGUUAGCAAAUUCAUGUUGAUCUCUUUGGAUGUUAUAGGUGAUGAAUAAACCCGCAAGCCUACUCGUCAAGAGUCACCAUUCUUUUUUACAAUUUUUCUGUUUUGUCUUGCAAGGAAGGAUGCUGAUGAAAUGAUAAAGUUGGAAAGUUUUAAGACAGGUCUCAUUAACAA